AUGGCAAUUGUUGAUAUUGGGGAAUUUACUGAUAAUUUUGGUUCUCUUACUUUAAGAAACCCUAAUAUUAAAGACUCAACUUUAUCAAAAAAAUUAGAUAUACUAGAAUUUGGAAGCAUACCAGGAAAGGAAAAUUCAAAUACCAGAGGCUCUUCAUAUUCUGUGAAUUCUAGUCAAAUGAUGUUAUCUUGUUCAAAUUCAGAGGAAGAAGAAGAUGAAGAAGAUGAUGACAAUGGGGAAGAGCAAGAUAAAAGAGAGGAUAUUAGAAAUAUAAUAGAUACAGAUGGAAACCCCAAUGGAGAAAACAAAAGUAUUAUCGAAAAGGAACUAGAAUUGAAGAAGUUCUUCAAAUCUGAGAAAAAUUCAAAUCCAAUAUUAAAAACAAAAUUUACAAAGCUGAGGCAUAGAGAUAAUAAUAUAAAUCCAAAUUUCAAUAUUAUUACCAAAACACUAGAUGAAAAUGAAUCCAUACAAGGAAUAAGGAAUGAAAAUUAUCAUUUGAAGUUGGCUUUGAAGGAAAAAGAAGAUGAAUUAAAAAAUGUUUUAAAAAAUAUGAAACAAAUGAAUAAUUUUGAAACGUCAAUAAAUCCAAUUACAUUGAACAAUAGUAAUUUAGACAAAUUGAUUAAUAUCGAAGGCGAAAAUUUUAAUAAACAAAGUCUACUCCUGAAUGAAUUCGAUAUUAUUUCUCAUAUAUCUGGUUCUCCAUAUAAAGGCAAUAGAAUACCAUCGAGAAUAACAGAAAGUUCGUUAGCUAGCACAACUAUUUCAAAUAAAAUAAACAAUCACCAGUUAUUUACAAAAUCAAUAAUACCAUUUUUACAAAAGAUAAUCCAAAUUUACAAUUCAAAUUUCUUAUUUGAGGACGAAACUGAUGAGCUGAUAUCUAAAUAUCAUGAUUUUGUUGAUCCACAUCUGGAUAAUAACUUCAAAGUUAGAGUAUUGGAUGAAAUGUUAGAUGAAUUAAUCUUCUUACAAAGACAAUUAAUUGGUAUAUUAAAUAGGGAAUUGCACUAUAAAAAAAUUACAAGAAGAUUGGAAAAAUCAUUAAUUGACUUUUUUGAUGUAAAUUCAUUUGUUUCUCAACCUCCAGAAUAUGUCAAAAAAUUAAAAGAUGAUAUAUUAGAUACGUUGGUUCAAAUUUUUGGUUAUAAUAUUCAAAAUAUCGAGCAAUAUGACUCUUAUUAUGAAAAAGAUGUUUUCAAUAGUUAUAAAACCAGUCUUUUCACUAAAUAUUCAAUGGCGGCAGAUGAAGAUGAAAACAAGAUAUUAAUUCCCAAAACAGAGGUGCAAGAAAAGUUGAAGAAUAUCAAAGAAGGAUUAAACCUCUACUCAAAGAAUAUUUUUAAAACCAAAAAUUCUUCUCAGACAGACUUCAGUUCUAAUCGUAGCGAUGGGUCUAGCUCAAGUUAUUUUGGAGAUGAUUUAGAAGAUUCUGUUAAAGAUAAUGAAAAUAUACCUUUUAAAAAAGAUACCAAUUCUAACUCCAGUAGCUUCAGCGGGAACUCCUGUACAAGUAUAAAAGAAAAGGAUAGAUUAAAAGAAAGCAAAAAUAAUUUAGAAUUUUACCCCAUUGGAUUUAACGAAGAAAUGCUUCUUUCUAAAACUCCACAAAAAAAUAUGAACAAAACAACAAAUAAUGAAAAUAUUACACCGAUAUCUUCUUUACAAGAGAGAAUUUUUAAUGAUGAAAGUGAUGCAUUACAGGAUUUUUUGCUUGAACAAUUGGAUUCUCUAGAAAUGUAA